GUGAACUCGGAGCGGUCGUCGAUCGAGGUACGGCUCGUCACUGUGCUGUAUAUAUGUAUAUGUAUAUACACACACGCGGUCGUUUCAUUCAGCAGGAGAAUUCCGGUUUCGAGGCCUCGUUUCUAUUCGACGCGUUCGAUUUCUACCGAAAGGACUGUUAUUCGCGAACUAGCCCAGCGUGACUCGAACCAGUCGAAACGCAUAUUCGUUUACUCGCGACGAUACGUUUAAAAGUUAGAAUUCCCGGCCUUUGCCAGUCGUGAAACGUGUAGAAAACUUGUUGGAAAAUACAUCAUCGUUCGAAUUGUUUGAAAUGUAUAAAAUCAAGCGGUAAAUCAUACGUGGUAAAUCAAAUGAUACUGAACGCGAAUGUCUCCGCCUGAUUGAAAUUCGCGAAGGUUAUGGAAAGCGGGUCAUAAGCUUGUGCAAAAAACCAAACAUCCAAUCGUAUGGAAUCAUUGGAACUGUGUUAAGAAAAAUUGUUGUACUGUCGUAUCAGUAAACGCAAUCGUUCGUUUAAAUAUUAAAGUCGUACAAAUUACACGACGUGCACACAAAAUGAAGGCAAACUUACGAACGGCAGGUGAGGGAUUGCGCAACACUUUCUAAGUUUCAUUUACAGGCGCGUGCCAGUGGCAUCAAUUACGUAUAAUUUAACAAAAUUUUUCUCUAUUUUUAACGAGCUCUUCUCAAGUCUGAGUUGGUGAUAUGAAUCAACAAUCUUUCGUUGCGCAAACGGGAAAGGAAGAGAAAAGAAAGCGAUAAGCAUUAUAAGUAGUAAUGGGAUCUGAGACAUUUCGAAUCGAUUGGAGCUUGUAUUUCUUUUUACGAAAAAUUCAAAUUACUUCGAACAUGAUUCGAAACAAAUUUUGAAAGUCUUGCGAGUUGCGACAGAGUUUGAUAGCGUGAUGAGCAUUCAGUAUCUUAGAAAGUAAUAUAAAAUUGUGAAAUGUAAAAUUAUGAAAUUAGAGAAAAUCCAAGGAAAUUUCAAGUUAUCGAAUAUUCAUCAUUCACUAGGCUAAGAAUUUUUUAAUUUCUUACGAAUGCAUAAAAGUCACAGUCUAUUUAUCGCGCACAACUAAGAUUUUCAAACCUUUAGAAACUUUCGAGGCAAUCAAGAUUUCGGAAGCUUCCGAAACGAUCGAACGUUCAAGAAUUUUAAUUUUAAUUUUCGAUUAUCAUGUUCAAAGUGAGUCGAACUUUUCUCUAUAUAUACAGAUUCGAAGCAGUUCGAAGCAUUUCAAAUUCUAUCACUACUCCUACGUCUUUCGAAAUUGGCGCGUUAAUCAUGAAGUCACGUGACAAGCAAUGAUUAACAUUGAGGAUCCAUCAUGUCGAUUGCGUUCGAUAGAAAUCGUCAAAGGUUUCUACGACCUUUUGCAGAAUAAAAGCUAAAACCAAUGAAACUCCAAUGAAAUAUCACAGCAUAUAUAAUUAAUAUAGCAUGUUAAAUAUCGAAAAUGUAUUGAAGUGUCGGAUAUGUGCGUGAAAUUAUUAAACGUCCGAUUUGUGGAACGUGUGUUAUUACGAAAGGAGACACUGGAAAUGUGCAGCAAGCGAUAUGUAUAAGCAAGCGCGAAGCUGCUGAGGCUAUUAUUCAUUUAAAGGAUAUGUUGGAUGGAUAAUGGACAUGGUGAGAGGGAAGCCGAGACGUCGAAGUGUGAGCGAAUUGCUCGAUUGGAGGUGCGUUGUUAGGAAUAAAGGGGACGUCAAUACCGACGACACGUGCACGAACGUGCCCUUCCUCGAGGACUAUGACAAGGACCCAGAAAUACGUCGCCGGAAACGUUCCGGUACUUGGCCGACCAUUCAAGAUCCAGCCUCACAGAGGUUGACGUGGUACAAGCCACCACUCACUGUUCUAGUCAUCAAGAAGGUCCGCGAUAAUUCGGUUUUACCACCGUUUGUACAAUUAGUUACAUGGCUGAUAGAAGAAAAACGGAUGGUAGUGUUCGUCGAGGCGUCUGUCUUGGAAGAUCCAGCCCUAGCCAGAGACCUCAGAUUUCAGGAGGUUCGGGAUAGGCUGCAAACUUUUAAAGAUGGCACAGACGAACUACAGGAUCGCAUAGACUUCAUUGUUUGCUUGGGAGGCGAUGGAACUCUUUUAUAUGCCAGUUUAUUGUUCCAACAAUCUGUGCCACCAGUAAUGGCGUUUCACCUUGGUUCCUUAGGGUUUCUCACACCCUUUGAGUUUGACAACUUCCAAGAACAAGUGACAAACGUAUUAGAAGGUCACGCGGCCUUGACCCUGAGGAGCAGACUGAGAUGUAUCAUCAUGAGGAAGGGAGAGGAAAAUAAGGAGGCGAAACCACCGACGAAUUUGCUGGUACUGAACGAGGUCGUGGUGGAUCGAGGUCCGUCUCCGUAUCUUUCGAAUAUCGACCUCUUCAUCGAUGGCAAACAUGUGACCAGCGUGCAGGGUGACGGCCUGAUCGUGAGCACGCCAACCGGGUCGACCGCAUACGCUGUCGCGGCUGGAGCCAGCAUGAUUCAUCCUUCGGUACCUGCGAUCAUGAUCACGCCAAUUUGCCCUCACUCUUUGUCCUUCAGACCAAUUGUCGUGCCCGCCGGUGUCGAGCUGAAGUCUAAGAGUAACCACGUCCAUCUAUCCAGUGCCCAGUAUUUGCGCUGUCGACCAAAUAACAGACUGGUUCGACUCAUUAGCAGAGUGCCUGCACUGGAAUGUUCGUAAGAAGCAGAAACACCUAGACGAACUAAGUGAUUUAACUCAUUCAUCCAGCAACGAUACCUUGGACUCUCUGGAUCGUGAUAGCUAGGCAAGAAGAAAGAAUUGCAAUAGACAAUUGUUCCUAGAUCAGGUCUUGAAGCAUCAUCAUGUUCAGUGUUUUUAUUCGUAAGAUCUGGUCUCGGAGAAUUUCAAUGACUCAAUGCGCGAUUCAUAAAAGGGACAAGCCUAAUCUGUGUUCGUUUGGUUGUAAGGAUAGAAGAGAAUGAAAUCGUCUAAUAAGUCGUUGAUAGAACUGAAAAAUCAUCACGUAUCCUCUGGAUAUCCACCGUCAACGAUAUGAUAUAGCGGAACUAGAAUUCUCGAAAGAACCUAAUAGUAUUUCGAUACGUGCUCAAAAAUAGUCGAGUAGCCGUGUUGCAGAAACUGCAAAUUUUUCAAGUUGAAGAAGAUCGUAAAAGAGUUUGCGCGUAAUCAGUGAGUCAGAAAGUGUUUCCUAUGUUUUCCAAUGCAUAAUUCUACACUACAGAAUGAUGUUUCAUUCUGAUUCAUUCUUCAAAAUGGAUCUUUAUUCCUGUCAUUUCUCUUUUUUAUUCUUUUCUCUUCUUGCUUUUUAUUGGGUUUUAUUAAAAAUGUGAGAAAUACUAAUGAUACAUUGUUGAAAGACAACUAGCAUCGACGCAAUUGCAUAGAAGAAGCAGAGUGAAUUAUCAAUGCAUUCUUAUGAAUGCGCAGGACAAAGAAAGAGAAGUGAAUUAUGAAAAAGAUACUUUGCAUCAUACACUCAUAUUUAUUUAUUAUUCGCUCCUACUCUGAUUGAUAAGUUAUGCGGAUUCAUAUUGUCAGAUUUCAUUGAUUGGACAGCAUAAAGAGCACACAGAAUGAAAAUCAACUAAACAAAAUGUUGUGGACAAUAUUUUUUGUUUUGCUUUCUGACAACGAAUACAAUCUAGUUAAGGAUUAUUCUUUUGUAAAUGUUGAAUGUACUUUUCCUAUAAAUGAACAUUUUUAAUAAAGAAGCAUUUUUGUACAGAAUAUAAAGACCAUGUUAAUUAUAAUUGAUAUAACAACCAAAAAUGCUUGUUUAAAAAUCAUCAAACGUACAAAUCCUAGAGAGACUUAUUAAUUUACUAUGUU